CCUCAACUGACUUGGAUUUCCUGGAGUUCGGUGUCUAGGGAGCCAAGUGUUGGGCUGUGGAAGGUAGAUGGAUGCUCCAGGGAUAGAGACCUGUAUCAGGGUGCCAUGGAGAUGGAGAGCGCGGCGGCCUCCACACGUUUCCACCAGCCUCACAUGGAAAGGAAGAUGAGUGCGAUGGCCUGUGAGAUCUUCAAUGAGCUUAGACUAGAGGGCAAGCUCUGCGACGUGGUCAUCAAGGUCAAUGGUUUUGAGUUCAGUGCCCAUAAGAACAUCCUCUGUAGCUGCAGUUCCUACUUUAGAGCUUUGUUUACAAGUGGCUGGAACAACACUGAAAAGAAGGUAUACAACAUCCCUGGCAUUUCUCCUGACAUGAUGAAGCUAAUCAUUGAGUAUGCAUACACCCGGACCGUGCCUAUCACACCGGACAAUGUGGAGAAACUGCUUGCCGCUGCAGACCAGUUUAACAUCAUGGGUAUCGUCAGGGGUUGCUGCAAGUUCCUCAAGUCGGAGCUGUGCUUGGAUAAUUGUAUCGGCAUCUGUAAGUUCACGGACUACUACUACUGUCCUGAGCUGAGGCAGAAGGCCUACAUGUUCAUACUGCACAACUUCGAGGAGAUGGUGAAAGUCUCGGAGGAAUUUUUAGAGCUCUCGGUCACCGAACUUAAGGAUAUCAUCGAGAAAGAUGAGCUCAAUGUCAAACAGGAAGAUGCUGUAUUUGAGGCCAUUUUAAAGUGGAUUUCUCAUGACCCCCAAAAUAGAAAGCAGCACAUUUCAAUUUUGCUUCCUAAGGUUCGCCUGGCCCUAAUGCAUGCUGAGUACUUCAUGAACAAUGUUAAGAUGAAUGACUAUGUCAAAGACAGUGAGGAAUGCAAACCAGUCAUCAUUAAUGCCCUAAAGGCCAUGUAUGACCUCAACAUGAAUGGACCCUCUAAUUCUGAUUUCACCAACCCACUCACCAGACCCCGCUUGCCCUAUGCCAUCCUCUUUGCAAUUGGUGGCUGGAGUGGUGGGAGCCCCACCAAUGCCAUUGAGGCGUAUGACGCUCGGGCAGACAGAUGGGUGAAUGUUACUUGUGAGGAAGAGAGUCCCCGUGCCUACCAUGGGGCAGCCUAUUUGAAAGGCUAUGUGUAUAUCAUUGGGGGGUUUGAUAGUGUAGACUAUUUCAAUAGUGUUAAGCGUUUUGACCCAGUCAAGAAAACUUGGCAUCAGGUGGCCCCGAUGCACUCCAGACGUUGCUAUGUCAGUGUGACAGUCCUCAGCAAUUUUAUUUAUGCCAUGGGAGGAUUUGAUGGCUACGUGCGUCUAAACACUGCUGAACGUUAUGAGCCAGAGACCAAUCAAUGGACACUCAUCGCCCCCAUGCACGAACAGAGGAGUGAUGCAAGCGCCACAACACUCUAUGGGAAGGUCUACAUAUGUGGUGGGUUUAAUGGAAACGAGUGCCUGUUUACAGCAGAAGUAUACAACACUGAAAGUAAUCAGUGGACAGUCAUAGCACCCAUGAGAAGCAGGAGGAGUGGAAUAGGCGUGAUUGCUUAUGGAGAACAUGUAUAUGCGUGUUUAAACUUUGAAGAGUACUGGAAAAUGUUCAACUUAAGAGAGCCAAUGGCUGGAUAAAUGAGGGAGCAGGAGGGAUGGAAGAAGGCAAUUAUAUCCGACAGUGCAUAAAGAAGAAAAAAAAAGUCACACAGUACAAACCAGCUUUAAAGAAAUAUGUUUAUUUAAAACUUACACUGAGACAAUUAGUAGCUUUAACAGAGAACAAGAUAGCUUCAGGAACAUAAAACAAGCUAUUUUACAAUGUCAUGUCUCAAGGUGUUCUAAAUACUACAUCUCCUCUGACUUAAGGGGAGAUAGUGAAGAUUGUAUUUUCAGUAGAGUAGGGACCUGGAUACUACUAGCCCAAAAAACUUACUGCAUCAACUCAAACUAAAUGUUUAUUUUACAAAUAACUCAACGAGCCCAAGCACACGGAUCAUAAAAUCUUCAAACACCUAGCAAGCACUACUUUUCACGAGUGCAUUAUGCAGGAGGACUAAGUUAACAAGUGCUCUGCAAUCUGUGCUUCAAUGUAAGACAUUCGUAGUGAUGGUCACUGAGUAAGACAAAAAGCCCUACAAAUGUAAUAAACAAACAGCAGUGAUUUUGCUAUCUAAUUAAAUUAUUUGAAGCAAAAUGACUACUAGGUUAUAUUACUGCUAUUAUAUUACAUCACUCAACUAUGAGCUGUUCUGUUUCCAAUGACCAGAACAUACGGUAUAAUAACAAAAACAAAAAAUGGACUAUUCUCAAGAAAGUAAUAAACUGGAGCGAUCAACUGUGCCAAAAUGUUUGAGAGACUGAAUUGUUUCUCAAAUAUUGUACAGUUAAAGCACCCUCUGCUGUAGACAGAGUACUUGGUUUACAGUAAUGUACAACACUUUCAAAGACAUGAAAUGUGGCCAGUAUACUAUAUUUAAACUUAAUUUGAGAAAAGUAUCAAAAAAGAAGUCCCUUUAGUUAUGCUUGAUUAGACCAAAUAACUAAAAUAUACAAAUCAACUCUCCUGUCUACAUACAGUAUAGUGUUGACAUUAGAAUUACAAAGCAGAAAGUGAAAUAUUUUAAACAUACCACAUGCUACACUAGUCAAGAGGUAAGGAGGAAAAGUGAGCCCUAGAAACUGCCUUACCAGCAGCCUGACGGGUUUAAAAAACACAAAAGCACAUAAAUCUUCCAUAAACGCUAUCUUUCCAGCUUCAAACCUCUGUUCUAUAUUAAAAAGGUAUAUUUAAAUUUUUUGGUCCCAGAAAUACUAUAUAAAACCAGGUGAUCAAAACAAAACUUAUGUCAUGAAUUUUAAGAGUUUUUAGCAAAAAAGUUGUUUUUGAACUGGCACAGCAAAAGCAAAGUUGAACAUCAUGAUACACAAGACUAAUCAUGCAAACAACUGUAAGUGGGAUGUGUUACUUAAACACUAAGCUCAUGACUGACAUUCUCAAUAUAUACCACUGAUUUUUUUAAGCCAUGGUGGGGUAUAGUUCAAGGAUACCCAUUCUAAGAUAUAAGUAGCCUCACUCAAAGUUAUAUAUACUAUUACUUUUUGGUAUAAUGACCUCCUCUCUUUUCUACAAACAAAAGCAAAAGCAACAAAACAAAGGUUUGCUUGAAUACACAUUAAGCUGUCUUUCUAAAGUCAUGUUUUUAACUGCAUACAUUACCAAAAACAGUAUUUUAAGUUUUCUCAUCAAAAAGGAAAUUUCUUUCCCAAGAAGCUAUUUUAGGCCUGAUCCUUGUAAUUAGAACCUUUCCAAAUACUCUGGGAAGUUAUUUCCAGUUUAGAAUUUCAGAAUGUCAGCCUUGAACAGAUUUAAGCAAAUCUGGUUUUUUCCUUAUUAACAAGUUAGUUAGGAUAUUUCAGAAACACAAGUUAUUGAUGUGAAAUUACACAUGUGAAUUCAAAUAUACAAAUUAGAAAAUCAGGAAAACCUGCACACAUCAUCAUGCAAUGAAGGACUUACCCCUUCUUUUCAGCCAUGGCCUAGGCUGCCUGCUAAGUUAAAAAACAACAGUUUCAAUCAAGGUUUUAAAACCAGAUUAUGCCUAAAUCUUAUGAGUUAUAAUUUCUGUCACGUCAUGUGAAAAAAACACAACCCCACAAAUGACUUGGUAAUGAUUAUCUCAGAAGACAACUCUGAGAACAAAAAACAAAAAACACAUCACACCCUCCCCGUGAAAAACGAUUAUCGUAGUGAGACACUAAAUUAUUUAAACACAAUCAAGAAAACGAAGUUUGCUAGCAUAGUCUACUGGAGAGAAAUGAGAACUUCAUUUAGUGAGCUUCAUUUAAUGAUUCUGUCUUACUUGCAUAGAUCUCUCACAACUAAGAAUUAGUGCUUCUCAGAAUCCAAACGGCUUUUAUUAAAAUAACUACAAAGAAAUAGAAAUUGAGAAAAAGGUAGUAGUGGGAUAGGAUAA